AACCCCCCCCUACUCCUCUCUCUCUCUCUCUCUCUCUCUCUCUCUGGGAAGAGCCAUGGAUCGAGCUCAGCUUCUUCUGCUAGGGUUGCCUCUCUUUCUAUUGUGUUCAGAUAUCGUCAAUCUCUUCGCGCCACGGCCACCUCAACCUCCUAAGCCCGCCGGCCGCCACCACAACCACCACCACCACCACCAAACCCCUCCUCAACCUGUUGUCCAGGAAACCCUAGAUUUCCCUACCCAGAAAGCAAGCGGCGUUGGUGCAAUUGGCAUCGGAAAUACCGUCAACAUCAACUUCUGCGCUUCUUGUUCUUACAGAGGGACUGCAGUCACAAUGAAGAAUAUGUUGGAAACUGCUUUCCCUGGCAUUACUGUUAUUCUGGCAAAUCACCCUCCUCCAUUUCCAAAACGCCUGCUGGGCAAAAUUCUGCCAGUUGCUCAGUUUGGGAUAAUUGGUAUCACUAUGGCAGGUGAGCAAAUUUUCCCACGGUUGGGAUUUGUGGCACCCCCUCCUUGGUACUACUCCCUGCGUGCAAAUAGAUUUGGAACAAUUUCAACUACUUGGCUUCUUGGAAAUGUCCUUCAGUCCACGCUGCAAAGUUCUGGUGCUUUUGAGGUGUUUGUUAACGGUGAAUUGGUUUUCUCGAAACUUAAGGAGCAGAGGUUUCCUGGUGAGAUUGAGUUGAAGGAUCUUGUUGGAAGAAUGAUCGCAAGUUCGAGAAUUGUUGAUGGCGUGUUGAGGGAUCCCUCUGGUCUUAGUGGGUUUUGAUAGGAGAAUAGCAUAGGGGUGUUUAAAAGAAAAUAUAGAACUCUCAGAUGGAAAUGGAAUUCACCAAAUUCAAGAAAUGGGCCAGCCUGUUUUAAUAUGGAAUUAUCUAUCUACUGGAGUGCAUACUGUAAUGGGCAGAACACGAUAGAGAAAAAAGCCUCUUACAGCUAUAUAUCGCUCCAGAAAUGCAAUAAUUGUUUAUUGAGGAUGGAAUGUGGUCAUAUAUGCCAGCCUAAUUUGGUACA